UAGGGUUCGUCUUUUUUGGCGUUCUUCUUUGCACAAUGCACAAAACACUUAGUCAAUUUCGCGUUUUGCUGACGCUUUACCAGGUUAUAGUCCCGCGGAAAGCAUUUCACGUUAUCGCGAUGUACGCGUGCGCGGCCCCUACUUCUAGGUGAUUUGUUUGCGGUUGACACCGCACAUCUAUCUUGGUAUUAAGAGACGAGCAAAGCAACUAAUGACAAUGUUUAAAGACGAUAGUCAAGUGUCCAAAAGCAAAUGGUCAUUUACAGAAAAUGAAGAGCAAGUCCAUCAAAACUGAAUGAAGCUUCCAUCCUUUUUAACUACUGAUUUUCCUUACAGUUUUUAAAAUAUGCCAGUCAAACAUACCUGGGUAUAUUUUGCACCUGUUCAUGGAGCAUUAUGACAGAACUAAGAACAACCAGAAAUAUUUGCCUGUUGAAUGCAGUCUUUCUGUUUGAUUAUUUCCACUGUACCUGACAGUGGUAGUCAAAGAGUUAAGAAAGACUGCAGAAUGUUUCUGAGUGCCAGGCGAAUAAAAAAAUGCCAGUUUUUACAACUGAUAAUGACCUGCUUUUUAUUUUCACUUUUGAUGAUUUAUUGGGAACAAUUUGAUAAUGGUGUUGUGAGCCACAUGAAAUCCUACUCUUACCGAUACCUUGUGAACAGUUAUGAAUUUCUAAAUGAAAGUCUUUCUCUUAGUAAAGCAGAUUUGAAUGGUUUGGCCAAAUACCAAUACUUAAUCAAUCACAAAGACAAAUGUAAGAACCAGAAAGUGCUCUUGCUUUUGUUUGUGAAGACAUCUCCAGAGAACAGUGAAAGAAGGGUUGCCAUCCGGUCUACAUGGGGAAAUGAAACUUACAUACAGACAGAGCUGAAAGCUAAUGUCAAAAUUAUUUUUGCCUUGGGGACUCAUUUGAAUCAAUAUAAUGGACUUUUGUUCCAGAAUCAACUGCUAAGAGAAGACAAAGCUUUUCAUGACCUUGUACAACAGGACUUUAUUGAUGAUUUCCACAAUUUGACGCUUAAAUUAAAAAUGCAGUUUGAGUGGGCUCACCUGUAUUGUAGUCAUGCCAAGUUUGUCAUGUCAGCAGAUGAUGAUAUCUUUAUACACAUGCCAAAUUUGGUACAAUACCUCCAAGAGUUGGAUGGAAGAGGUAUCCAGGAUUUCUGGAUUGGACGUGUUCAUCGAGGUGCUCCUCCAAUUAGAAGGAAAGAAAGCAAAUACUAUGUUCCCUAUGAAAUGUACCAGUGGGCUGCUUAUCCAGAUUACACUGCAGGUGCUGCUUAUGUUUUUUCAGGAGAUGUAGCUAGUAAAGUAUACAGAGCUUCUCUGACAAUUAAUACUACACUCUACAUUGAUGAUGUUUUUAUGGGGAUGUGUGCUCGUAAAGUAGGCGUGAUCCCACAAUACCAUGUGUAUUUCUCUGGAGAAGGCAGGGCUCCCUAUCAUCCAUGUAUCUACAACCAAAUGAUGACUUCACAUGGACAUGUAAAAGAUAUUUACCACCUCUGGAAAGAGGCAACUCAUCCAAAGGUCAGAAGACUAUCCUCAGGAAUUCUAGGAAAGCUAUACUGCACAAUAAUCAAAGUUUUUCUUCUUUGUAAACCGAAGUAUGUGGACACUUAUCCCUGCAGUGCUGCCUUUUCCUAGAAAUGGUAGUUAUGUAUGCUUAACAUUGUACGUGUGCUACAGAACUUAUUUUUUAACUUAUUUUUGGUGUCUUUAUUUUUAACUGAAGCGAAAAGUGCACAAGAGAGCAAAACAUCAAAAAUAUACUACAUUCUAUUUUGCCAACUAGCCAUUAGCGCAUUUAAAUUUCGGUGCUGCUAAUAUCAUCGUAACCAAGGUUGGAUUUUUAUUAUUGUGUACAAGCAGAAAAAACAUGCAUCUUGCUUACUGUACUAUGUUGUGAUCUCUGAAGUAUUACAUUUCUAGUGAAGCAGUUGGUAAAGCAUGAACAGUGAUGUGAAAAUUUAAAAACAAAAAGGAAAAACUCUUCAAGCUGUUGUCCACAUUCACUAAAGUAAUGCAUUAUUGAUUGACUGUGGAAGAAAUUUUCUGUAUGAACUUCAAUAAAAUGUUUAUUAUUUUAAAAAAGACUUUAAAGGUAUUAUAUGUAUAUCACAAGCAGUAUUAUUAUGUGUGCUCAGAUUUUAGCUGGGCAUAAAAAAAAAAAAUGGAAAAGUCAAAAAUGGCAGAUUGUGCUUUUGAUGUAAGAAGCUCUUAGGUAUGUUAACAGCAUGGCCAGAAGGGUGUUUUUUUAUCUUAUAUACCAUGUCUGUAGAGCAUCUAUUUCUGUUUUUAUUUAACAAAAGUAAGCUUAACUGAGGCAAAUGUUUACUUUGCAUUGUUUUUCCAAGACUGUACUUCUAGCAGAUAGAAAAAAACAUUAACCCACCACGCUGAUCUGUAUUUAGUUUUGUACCAACAUCUACUUUUAAUUCUCUAAUCUGAAUUUUCAUACUCAACAUACAUUGGUGACUUUAAACCUUGUAUUAUUAAGAACAGUCAAACAGAUUUUUUUUUUCCGCCUUCCACUUUUGUUUCAGUAGUCGUUUUAAUUUUUUCAGCAUAAUUUUACAAUCUGCCCUUAGUUUAAGAAAAGGAAAUAUUUAGUUACAUUUUGUUAAAACAUCUUAACUACAGUCUGUACUUUUAACAUACUAAUGUCCAUGCUAUUAAAGUAGUCAAAUUUAUUAAAUCAAAAAUAAAUUGUAAGAUUGUUUGCACACAACUUAAAUAUGUACUGUAAUUUGGCUAAUAAAAUGGCAAUUUUCCAGACUCUCCAGUAUUCUUAGUAAAUACUGACAUAAGCAGUGGAAGAUGGCCAGGAUAAUUUUUUGACGUUCAAUAUUGUCUGUAAAACUGAUGAGCGCACAUUUUCCCUUGUGAGUCACAGAAGUAGUCAUUGCCGGAUUUUUUUUUUUUACUGUGUAUGCCUUGUUUAUCUCUGGCAUGUAUAUUUACCUCAAGAUAAUUUCAGAUAGACAUAUUUACUAGUAAGCCAGCUAUUUUAAGGAAAAGCACUUUUUAUUUUAAUUUGUGAACAUUUCAUGUAAUAAAGUAGAAAAGUUUUUAACUUCAGUGUAGUGCUUGCUUAUAUCAUUAUUUUUCCAGUUUACUUUUAUACACAAAAUGGUGCCAAUGAACGUUACCACAUGAAUAAUAAACAAGCUGUAUGAAUUCAGUCUUACAGUACAAAGUAGACUUGAGGAAUUAUGUAGGCUCCAAGGGCACUUCAGACUAGUCUUGGUAAAUAAAAUCAUUACUGCACUGAGGAAAAAGCUUAUUCUUAACCAGACCUUUGGGCACCCGUACUGUAGCCUGCCUUUUGCCAUUUUUAGUUUCUUUUUCUGCCAUCUCUUAUGGCUGUGUUUUCCUCAGAUGCCUCAUUAGUCUCACUAUAUCCAGUGACAUCAGAAGCAGUUUUCUUAAUUUAGAGAACAGCUAGUGAAGAUUCCCCUUAAAGUGUUAGUAAUAACACAGGGUAGCUGGAGUUAUACCCAGAGAAAAGAAUAUUGGCACAAGAGCAGAAGGAGACAAGUGGCUAUUUCUUUCCAGAAAUCCUGUCUCCAUUUUGUCCAUUGAUUUUUCAUUGUUAUGCUGCUCUUAGACUUUUUUAAAAAGGUCAAACAGAUGGAAUGCUACUGGCUGUUGAAGUACAGAAUGCUUUGUUUGCUGGAUAAAAUUUCAGCUUUUUUAAAAGAAUUAAUAUAUAUGACAUUCUGAGUAUGUGACAGCUUUAUUGAGAAAUGUUUACAGUGAACAUGAUUACUAUUUUGUAAAUAUGACUGCACUGUGUGUACUGAAUGUUCUCAAAUUUUUCUUGGAAUGAAUUUAUAUAAAAUGUUAAUUAAAAUAUAAAA